UUUAACUUCCCAGUUCAGCCUGAUAACAGGUUUGGUUGGUGCUUGUCUGGAGCAAGUGAGAGAAUUCACCUCAUCCAGGUUACAUACUUGGGUUACAUCAUGGCUUCAAGUUUGCAUCUUGUCCUUGCUCUCUCGUCACUCUUGGUGACACUGGUAUCCACCGGUAUGCCGGGUGCUCCAGUACCUGCAGAUCCAGCAUCUCGAGAUAUUCAGAAAGCUGCAAACUUUGCCCUGGAAAGGUUCAAUCGCAUGUCCAAUGAUGCACACAUCUACAGAAAAAUAAAAGUGUUAUCGGCUAAAUCACAGGUUGUUGCUGGAAUGAACUACAUUAUACAGAUGAAAAUUGGUGCAACAAAUUGCCGUAAGAAUUCCAAUGUUAAUCUACAGUCCUGUCAAUUGGCUCAAGGUGCUAAUUCCAAGACUAAGAUUUGUACAUUCGAAGUCUACGUUUCUUUGAAAAAUGUGAUGUCGCUUUCAAAAACUACCUGCAGGGCAGCGUGAAAUCAAACGAAUACACCCAGAGCUAUCAAUAUUGCUUGCUUAGCUGUAGAAUUUGAUUGCAUUCAAUAAACUGCUGUUACAACCUUUACCAUAGACCUCUCGCUAGGGCCAAUACAUAGAACUGGGUGGAAAAAUGCCAGUUCAGUGGUUUUCUUGUUUAAAGAGACUUCUCUAGAAAUCCAAGGGAUGGUUCUCUACAGUGAACGCAGAACAAUCGCACUAAACUGGAAUGGACCCAACUGUUUUUAAACAUAUACUGGCCUGUCUUUGUGCUUCUGUUUUGUUAAUUUGUACAUUUACGUACAAAUCCAUGCAUCAAUAAAUGACAGCCUGUAGAAAUAUUUGAGACUACUCCAUAUUAAUUGGAAGCCAAGUUCAAUAAGACAGAGUUCACAUCCUGAGCAUACAUCAAAUACCAAAAUAGGCUUGGAAUGUGUUUCAGUUCAGAGAAAUUGACCUGGUAUUAGAGGUGUUUAACAGGCAUUUAUACCUUGGAGCUUUGCUAGAGAAAUGGGUGACAAAGUGCUCACAAAGGAAAAAUAACUAAACUAGAACAGUAGAUUCCUGUAAUUAAACUUGAGAAAUUCCUCACUGAUUCAGUGUAUAGAGAGGUGGCUUUAUUUAUACCCACUUUAUGUCCAGUAUUUGGGCAGGCUCCCAUCCUGCUCCAUUAACAAGGUUGCAGAUAUAACAUGUGUAAUUGGUUGGUAAUUUUACCAACAAUAUGGGCAGCAAAUAAGUGAUUACACCCUAAACCACAGCCUUUAGACUGGUUUUUCAAGACUGGUACAAAAAAAACCAGACAUGCUCUUUCUCAUCCCAACCAGACUUCAGUCUGGGUUCCCCAACCAGCCAUACAGCUUGGGAGCCAUUCCUCUACAGGAUGCUACUACUUUCCAUCUGUUAACAAUAUGUUCCAGAAAUGGUAUAUCAGAACUGAAAUAUAGUAAACUCUUCACUCUGGACAAAUGCCUGAUGCAGCCUGAGUGUUUUUUAUUUUGCUA